AUGGAGGGCUUGGACAUGUCGAGGUUCCGCGGCCGCGUCGCCGUGGUCACGGGGGCGGCGGGGGGCCUCGGCUCGGCCAUCGCCGAGGACCUCGCGCUGUCCGGGAUGCGCGUCGUGGCCGUGGACGUGGCCGAGGCCGCGCUGCAGGCAUUGGCGGUGCGGCUGGCCGACGCUGCUGCAGGUGCGGGCGGCGCGGUGCACCCCAUGCAGGCCGACAUCACGAAGGAGGCCGACCUCGACCGCGUGUUCAAGUGGGUCGACGAGAACCUCGGCGGCAUCGCCGCCAUCGUCAACAACGCCGGCAUCGCGCCGAUCAAGCCGUUCCUGGACUCCGACAUGACCACGAUGGCGGCCACCAUGAAUACCAACGUCGUCGGCCUGGCCGCGGCCACCAAGAGGGCCAUCAGCAGCAUGCAGAAGCACGGAAUCGAUGACGGCCACGUCGUCAACAUCGGCAGCACCGUGGGACACGCCGAGUCCGUCUCCCGAGAGAUCCUGGCCAUGUUCCCCAUGUCCAUGUACAUCGCCUCCAAGCACGCCGUCAUCGGCUUCAACCGCGCGCUGCGUGCCGAGCUGAGGAACCAGGGCGUCAACGUGAGGGUGACGGACCUUUCCCCCGGGACUGUGCAGACCCCUCUGGUGCCGCAGCAGCAGCUGGAGAAGCUGGAGUACCGCGUCGUGCAGCCCGGAGACCUCUCCCGGGCCGUGCGCUUCGUCCUGUCCAGCCCGCCCAGCGUCGAGAUUGUGCACCUAACUCUACAGCCAGCUGGCGAAGUUUGGUAAUGGAAUCAAUUAGGUAAAGUGUCUACUUCUGUGCCGAUGUUGAGUGGAAUUUUGGUGCCUGACAAAAGUUUAAAUUGUCCAUUAAAAAAAGAAAGGUGGAAAAUAAACAGUGACAGAAAAUAAAUUUUCAUAAAUUUAAACUUUU